UAGUCACUUCUAAAUUGGAGAUGCCUUUCUUGAGGGGAUUCACAAGGAAAACUUUGUUUUCCUCUGCCUCUGCUGAAAGGCGGAAGAAAGAGCAUUAUUGUUAUUUAAAGAAUGGAAGUGAGGUACUUGAGGAGCUUCUUGCUUUAUGCGACGGAAAUUGCAGAAUUCCCAUCCGUUACUUCUCUGCCAUAGAGAUCCACAAUGCAAUAAAACACUCUAAAACCAAAAUGGACCUUGCCGGUCAUGUGUCUAUGGUUACGGGAUCGCUAGACAACCGCCCUGUUUUAAUUAGGUUCGAUACAUGUGAAUUCAACAACAUCCACCGAGAUAUAGCCAUUUCUGCUCAGAUGAGUCACCUCAAGAAUGUGUUGAGACUUAUUGGUUGCUGUCUAGAAUUUGAAAAAGCAGUUAUGGUGUAUGAAUAUGUUGAAGGUAUAUCUCUUUUCGAUCUACUUUUCAAAAAGGAUAAUCUUAAUAGAAAAUCGCUAUGUUGGGGAAAUAGAUUACGAGUUGCACGUGAGGUUGCUUCUGCAAUCGUUUUCCUCCAUACUGAAUCUACUACGCCCAUCAUCCACAGAAGUAUAAAGCCAUCUAAUGUGAUAAUAGAUGAGAAGAGAGGCAUUGCCAAAAUAUUGAACUUCUCACUCUCCAUAUCAUUACCUCCAGGGGAAUUGGAGGUACUAGAUGAUGGUGUGAGUGGAACACGGGGGUAAAUAGCUCCAGAAUAUUACCACCAGGGUAUUAUUACUCAAAAAACUGAUGUCUACAGCUUUGGGGUUCUUCUCUUUCAGCUAUUAACCAGAAAGGGCCCGUACGAUAUUAUGGAAUCUACACAUUCAAUAGAGACAAUUGAUUUUGAAGAAAACACUAAAUCCAACACUGAAGAGGGUAAUUCUAUGGAUAGAGUGGAUUCCACAAAUUCAAAAGAG